CGACUUGGCUUCUCGCUGACGUCUCACCGGUGAAAUCCAGCACCACCAGCAGCGAACGAGCGGACCGCCGCUCCAUCUUCAGGCCCACUCUGCUCGCACCUCGGCGGCCAGGCGGAGCGCGAGGAGUCUCUGCAGGGUGGCUCGGCGUGAGUGACGUGGAGCUUCGCACCCACCGCAGGACUCGCUCGGACGCAAGAGCUUCCCUACGGCGCAUGCACCCACGCGCGCGCACACACACAGACACACGCACGCACACACACACAUUGUCAGUGCAAAGGAGAGCCGCCUAGCUGAGGCGCCCGAAGCGCUCCUCUUGCGUCUUCCCCCGGCCUCCUGCUUCGGGAUGAGCUGGACCACCUGACCGCCCGGCCGACGGGGGGCCGCUGGCGGGACGCGUCGGCUCGGGAUGUUUGCAUGAGAGGCCGACUCUGGGCACGACUCUGCUCUGAGGAAGAGGAAGAAGAGGACGAGGAGAGGCAGGAGAAGGGGGACCGAGCGGCUGCAGGAGCCUGGACCCUCGAGUUCGUCCCGGGAGGGAGGAUGUGAAGAUGGGCCCGCUGGUGGCGCUCGUGUGCUUUUUGAGCGGCUUCGUGCACAGCAUGCACGCGCAGGGCGUCUACGCGCCACCUACAGUUCGCAUCGUGCACUCGGGACAAGCUUGCAACGUGGAGGAGGAGCGACUCAGCGAGCGAGUCUACACCAUCAAAGAAGGAGAAACUCUGGAACUUUUCUGCCUGGUCACCGGACACCCGCGACCACAGGUCCGCUGGACCAAAACUGCGGGCGGAACUUUGGAACGGCAAGGGGACGCCCGAACCCACGACGACACACUAAAGAUAGAAAGAAUCGACCGCAACCAGGGGGGUCGCUACUACUGCAAGGCUGACAACGGCAUUGGGACCCCCGCCAUCCGCUCCAUACGGGUUGAUGUAUACUUUUUGGACCAGCCACUGGUCACGGUGCACCAAAGCGUGGGCGAUGGGGCCAAGGAGCUCUUCUACUCUGAGAGGACGGUGUUCCUGCGCUGCGUGGCCACCUCCAACCCGCCUGUGCGCUACAUCUGGAGGAGAGGUCGCCAAGACCUGUCGCAGGGAGCGGACGCCGGAGUGGAUAUUUAUGAGCCGUUUUUCACACAGGGAGAGACGAAGAUCCUGAAGCUGAAGAACCUCCGUCCUCAGGACUACGCCAACUACACGUGUAUCGCCUCAGUCAGGAACGUGUGUGGUAUCGCCGACAAGGUCGCGCAUUUCAGGCUCAACAACAGAACGGCCCCUCCCUCCGUCAAGCUGCUCCUGGACGACCCGCUGGUGGUGAACCCUGGUGAGACGGCGACGCUGGUGUGCGUGGCGUCUGGCGGCGACCCUCCUCCCGCCCUGAGGUGGCUUCGUCCCGGCAGGGAGCCGCUCCCCAAGAAGAGCCGGGCCCAGGGCGGCAAGCUCACCAUCCCCGCUGUCACCGUCGACGACGGAGGCGUCUACAGCUGUCUGGCCGACAACCACGUGGGCAACACUGCCAGGAAGUCGGCCAACAUCCUAGUCAGAGGUCUGCGUAAAGCGCGCUUCUGGAUCACUCCGGACCCAUACCAUGACGAUGACCACAUUCAGAUCGGGCGUGAGGUGAAGAUCAGCUGCGAGGUGGAGGCCACGCCCUCCGAGGAGCUGCAAUUCGGCUGGCUCAAGAACGGUCGGCCGCUGCGCAGCUCAGAGCGAAUGGUCAUCACGCACUCAGACGUGCAAAUGUCGCCGGGUGUCACCAACCUGGACAUCAUCGACCUCAAGUUCACCGAUUUUGGAACGUACACCUGCGUGGCCUCGCUCAGGGACGGGGGAAGUCCCGAGAUUAGUAUCGAUGUCAACAUCUCAUCCACGACAGUUCCCCCAGAGUUGACGGUGCCCAGGGGACGCUCACGCAUCAUUACGCAGGAAGGCGACGCGGUGGAGCUGCAGUGUUUGGUGUCAGGCAAACCCAAACCUGUCAUUCUGUGGUCUCGCGUGGAGGACGGUCCUGCGGCGCCUGAGGCGCCCCCGCCGGCCGAGGCAGCCGCCCAGACGGAGAGCCACGACGGCGUGCUGAGGCUGGCCAACGUGACGCGGGAGAUGGGCGGGACCUACCGCUGCCAGACCAGCCAGUACAACGGCUUUAACGUCAAACCUCGACAGGCCCUCAUACAGCUGGUGGUACAGUUCCCACCGGCGGUGGAGCCGGUGUUGUCGGAGGUGCGCCAGGCUCUGGGUCGGGCUUUCUCUCUGACGUGCCGACUGCUGCGUGCCCACCCGGCCCGGCCGCUGCGCUAUGAGUGGAAGCUCGGCUCGCGACUCCUGACUGUGGGCCAGUUUGACGAGAUGGGCGACGAGACGCGCUACCAGGUGCGAGCGCUCAACCGCGAAGGCUACGGAGAGUACACGUGCGACAUCAGCAACGAGGCCGGAGCAGGCAGAUGCACCUUCCUGGUCACGGGGAAGGCGUACCCUCCCGAGUUCUACUAUGACACGCCCGGUGCCCUGUGGCAGAACCGGCCCCGCACAUAUGGAUUCACACUGCAGUGGACCCAAAUGGAGCCCGCCGGUGUAGACCGCAUCCUAGCCUACAGGCUGGGCAUCCGCCAGGUGGGGCAGGGCCGCUUGUGGGAGCAGCAGAUCCCCAUGGAGGUCAACAUCCACAAGGGCCAGCUGCUGACCCACAACCUGACGGAGCUGGUCAAGCCCGAGUCCUACCUGGUCCGCCUGACGCCCAUCACGCGUUACGGCGAGGGCGACCCUACCGAGCGCGUCAUCGCCUACAGCGGUACUUCCCGGCGUGGCCGCCGCGCGCAGCCAAGCGCAGCCUGCACUGCACAUGUGCACCCAUCUAACUGGUGUCGCGUUCCCUCCGCAGCGCCCGUGAAUCCACACCUCAGGGAGUUCCAGUGUGCUUUCGAGGACGAGGCCAUGUGUCUCUUCUCUCAGGACAAAAGCGACGACUUCGACUGGACACGCCACAGCGCUGCCUCCCGCGACACCAAGUACACACCCAACACCGGACCCAGCGCCGACCGUCGUGGAUCCAAACAAGGGUACUACGUUUACAUUGAGACGUCCCGACCCAGAACAGAGGGCGACAAGGCCCGCCUCCUGUCGCCCUCCUUCAACACGGGCUCCAAAAGUGGCGCCACCUACUGCCUGGCCUUCCACUACCACAUGUACGGCAAGCACAUCGGCUCGCUGAGCGUCUCCCUGCGGCAGAAAGGGGUGUCGGAGACGCCGGUGUGGAGUCUGAAGGGUAACCAAGGCGACCGAUGGCGCCGCGCGGCCAUCGACAUUCACCCCGAUGCCGAUUUCCAGGUGGUGCUGGAAGGGGUGCGCGGCUCGGGAAUUGAGGGCGACAUUGCCGUCGACGACAUCACCAUCCAGGAAGGCCCAUGCCAAGACCCGCCAUCCAACAACCUGAUCUCGCUGGCCCUGCCCCGCCGUCCUGGCGACUGGCUCCCGCACGUCACCCUAAGCUUGAUCCUACUUGGCCGACAGAGGGUGCAUCCGCCAUGACACUAAAGUGCCUUGAGACCAAGCGGGAUUUUGCCGGCCUCACGGCAACCUGAGGACCGGGAACGGCGGAAAAGGGACAGUUGCAAAAACGAGACUUGGUUGACGCCUCGCUGUCGCUAUAAAGUCCACGGUGUGGAAUUUAUUUUUCAAACAAGCACAACAAAGACAAAAGCUUGAAACUUUUUUCCCCCCUUAUCAGCCCUGCCAGGGGCAAAGAAACAUUGACUCGCUUUCUGGGCACGAAAUUGCAAAGCGAUGAUGAGUGAGGACCGCUCGCUUUUGGCCACUUUUUCCUUCCUUCAGCAUGUUUGACAAAGUGUUGGACUGGAGACAAUAAAAGUGAUUUUUGUCAUGUU